AUGGCGGUCGCGCGGCCAGUUCGAGCUCUGGCUCUAGCCGCCGUGAUGCUCUGGUGUUUCUUCCUCUAUCAGAUCUUUGGUCCCGAGAGACCGAUAACGAAGCCUGUGCGCUACGAUAACGGGCGAGACCCCAACCUAGAUCCUACCGGCGAACCCUCGGGUGUACUAACGUAUGCCUCCGACAAGUAUGCCCCAGGCAUUGCGGACUCUGCGCGCAUCAACGCCACCCUGCUGGCGUUGGUCAGGAACGAGGAGCUGGACCAGAUGAUCGGAUCCAUGGUGGACCUCGAGAGGACCUGGAACCACAAGUUCAACUACCCCUGGACCUUCUUCAACGAGGUCCCCUUCACGGAUGAGUUCAAGAGGAGGACUCAGGCGGCCACCAAGGCCGAAUGCAGAUACGAGCUCAUUCCCAAGGAACACUGGGAGAUGCCGUCAUGGAUCAACAAGGAUCUCUACGAGGAGUCUGUUAAGAUCCUCAAGGAGAACGACAUUCAGUACGCCGAUAAGGUCUCGUACCACUCCAUGUGCCGCUGGAACAGUGGCAUGUUCUACAGACAUCCCGCUCUGCAGCACACCAAGUACUACUGGCGUGUUGAGCCCAAGGUUCACUUCUUCUGCGACGUUGACUACGAUGUCUUCCGUUACAUGCAAGACAACAACAAGACCUAUGGUUUCACCAUCAACUUGUACGAUGCCCCCAAGUCCAUCCCGACGUUGUGGCCCGAGACCGUCAAGUUCCUCGCGCAACAUCCCGAGUACAUCCACGACAACAACGCCAUGGCUUGGCUUACCGACAAGGCUGGUCGUCCCGAAAACAACAUCGACGCUAACGGCUACUCAACCUGCCAUUUCUGGAGUAACUUUGAGAUUGCAGACAUCGACUUUUGGCGCAGCCAGGCUUACGAGGACUAUUUCAACCACCUGGACCGUGCCGGAGGUUUCUUCUACGAGCGAUGGGGAGAUGCUCCUGUGCACAGCAUUGCCCUGGGUCUUUUCGAGGACAAGUCCAAGAUCCACUGGUUCCGCGACAUUGGGUACCAGCACAUUCCCUUCUUUAACUGCCCCAACUCUCCCAAGUGCAAGGGCUGCGUCACCGGUCGGUUCACCGACGGCGAGGCUUGGCUGCACAAGGACGACUGCCGUCCGAACUGGUUCAAGUACGUCGGCAUGGACUAA